AUGAGCGGCGGGCGGUGGCGGUGGCGCGGAGCGGCGCUGCUGGCGGCUGCGGCGGCGGCGGCGGGGCUGAUGCGCGGGGCGCUGCCCGCCGCCGCGCUGCUCUUCCUCCUCCUCCUCCUCCUCCUCCUCCUCCUGGUGCUGCUGGCGUGCGCCCGGCCGCUGGCGCUGCGGCGCGGCCCGGGGCAGGUGGGCUGCCUGCCGGCGCCUGGGCUGCGCCGCGCCCGCCGCCCCGGCGCCGUCCCGCCGCCCUACCCCAACGGCUGGUACCGCCUGCUCGACUCCCCGCAGCUGCCCCGCGGCGCCGUCCGCAGCCUCGCCCUGCUCGGAGAACAGCUUGUCGCAUUUCGCACCCAGGAUGGACAGGCGUAUGUGGUCGACGCUUACUGCCCUCACCUUGGUGCUAAUCUUGCUAUGGGUGGUCGUGUCAUUGGCAAUUGCAUCGAAUGUCCAUUUCAUGGAUGGCAGUUUCGAGGAGAAGAUGGAAAAUGCACCAGUAUCCCAUAUGCUGAAAAAGUGCCAGAUUUUGCAAAGGUUCGGACCUGGCCCUCCUGUGAAGUGAACGGGAUGCUGCUGGUCUGGUAUCACUGUGAUGGGGUCAGUCCGACAUGGGCUGUCCCCGAGCAGCAGGAGAUCACCACGAAAGAGUGGGUGUUUCGUGGGCAAACAGAGCAUUUCAUCAAUGCCCACAUCCAGGAAAUCCCUGAGAAUGCAGCUGACACAGCUCAUCUGACUUUUCUCCAUGGACCAGCUAUUCUGAGUGGAACUGAUCUGAGAUAUACAAGGUCCAAGCUGUGGGAUUUUAUGAAGCAUAUCUGGAAGGCUGAAUGGCAGCCAGAGCCAGAGCCAAACAAGCACUGCUCCCAGUUGCUGGUUAAACACCGUGCAACCGUGUUUGGGAAACAUUUCUCCUUGCUGGAUUUGACUGUUUCUGCCAGACAGGUGGGGCCAGGACUGGUUUUCCUGAUUUUUGAGCAUGCUUUCCUGGGCCGUGGGAUCAUCCUGCAGACUGUGACUCCCGUGGAGCCUCUCCUGCAGAAUGUUGUCCACAAAAUCUACUACCAGAAGAACAUGCCACCCAUAAUCCCCAAGUUCAUCCUGAAAGCAGAGUGCAUACAGUUUGAACGUGAUAUAACCAUCUGGAAUAACAAGCAGUAUCUCCCUAAACCCCUCCUUGUAAAAGAAGACUCCACCAUCCAAAAGCACAGACGCUGGUAUGCUCAGUUCUACAGCGAGAAAAGCAUGAAGUUCACCGUGCACGAGGGCCUGGACUGGUGAGACCCUCACUCCCCUCUGCUGAAGGUGACCAAAGGCCAUCAGGUGGCUCUUGCCCAUCCAGGCUGGAGGGCAGCAGUGUUGGGCAGGUCUGAUUAUUAUAAUGGAUUCAGGCACCAGCACAGAGAGGUGAGGCUGAGCCCUGGAGUUCCCCUCCCUGCUCAGGUCAUCAAAGCUCAAGGGGUGUAACAUGCUUCUUAUAUCUGCACUGUAAUAUGUGAACUGAGCGUGAAUAUAGAUAGAUAGACCUCCCUCUAAAAUGUCCUUGUCUCUCACUGCUGCCAUCCCUUCAAGUGGCAAUGUGAAAUCCCUUUCACAUGGCCUUCUUUUACCUGAAGUUUCCCUUCCCAGCAAUGCCUGCUGUUGCUUCUGCAACAUCACCUCGGCUGGGGCAGGGUCCGGCUCUCCAGAGAAGCCCUGGCUGAUGCCUGCAUGGCAGUCAGAGGUGCAACUGUAAAGCCUCUUCUUUCUUUCUGACAGCAGUCAGGGCAGCCUGGGUUUUAAUUGCCUACCAUGCGGGGAGCACAUGUCCUUACCAUCCCUGCGGGCCUCCUGGGGCCUACUGAGCACUGCAUGAAUGGCUUCCUCAUGCAGCUAUUGCACCUAGCCAUGAAGCAGAGAGACUAUCCUGAUGACAAAACAAGACCAAGCCACUUAGGCACAAAGCACCAGAGAAUCUAGAACAGUUUUAGCCAGAUUUGCAGCCUAGUUUUCAUAUAUUAGCUUAAUUUUUGAUUGCAGUGACAGUAAGAGAUACCAGUGAUCUUGCCAUGAGACAAAAAUUUUUACGGCCAGUCGGUACUGCUGGAUUCCAUGGCGUUUUAAAGCAGGAUCUUACUCACAUCUGUGACCUGCAGAACUGUUCU